CCACAAACAGCUGAUCGAACCGGUAGAUUUGUCAAAUUGCGAAAUUUAAUCCUUGGGGCUUUUUUUUAUAAUGUCCGAUUCGGCUGCGGAAAAUGCCGAAAAAGCGGAGGAGCAGGAGCUGCCGGAAGAAGUGGAUACCGCCAAGUUGCUAGAAACCGCCGCCGCCAUUCAGGAGGAUGAGGAUCUUGCAAAUAUUGUGACUGCUGAGGAGUAUUUGAUGUGCAAGGAUGUGGUCCUUUUGGAAUACGAGAAGCAAAUGUUUCUCGAUCAGGUUCAGGAAGAUGGUCUUCUAGUCUGCGCCAAAGGCCUGAGCUAUGAGCGCGUUUUGAUCAAUAUCCUUAAGGCCUACAGCGAUUCCGGGAACCUGGUGCUCGUGAUCAACAGUUCCGACUGGGAGGAGCAGUACUAUAAGUCCAAAAUGGAACCCAAAUUCGUCCACGAAGUGGCCAACACUGCCACCGAAAGGGAGCGCGUUUAUCUGGAAGGUGGCAUGCAAUUCAUCAGCACCCGCAUUCUGGUGGUGGACCUGCUCAAGCAGCGCAUUCCCAUCGAGCUGAUCAGUGGAAUCAUAGUCCUGCGGGCACACACCAUUAUCGAGAGCUGCCAGGAAGCGUUCGUCCUGAGAUUGUAUCGCCAGAAAAACAAAACCGGCUUCAUAAAGGCCUUCUCCAGUAGUCCGGAGGCCUUCACCAUUGGCUACUCGCACGUGGAGCGCACCAUGCGCAAUCUGUUUGUGAAGCAUUUGUAUAUUUGGCCGCGUUUCCACGCCACCGUUCGUGGCGCCUUGCAGCCGUGGCAGACACAAACAAUCGAGUUGCAUGUUCCACUUAGCCAGAGCAUGACCUCCAUACAAACGCACAUCCUGGACAUUAUGAACUUUCUGGUGCGCGAGAUCAAGCGUAUCAAUCGAACUGUUGACAUGGAGGCUGUCACCGUGGAGAACUGCGUGACCAAAAAGUUCCACAAAAUCCUGCAGGCGCAGCUGGACUGCAUCUGGCAUCAGCUCAAUUCGCAGACCAAGUUAAUAGUGGCGGACCUCAAGAUUCUGCGUAGUCUAAUGAUCUCCACCAUGUAUCACGAUUCUGUGAGUGCCUACGCCUUGAUGAAACGCUAUCGGAGCACGGAGUAUGCCCUGAGUAACUCGGGAUGGACCUUACUGGAUGCCGCUGAGCAAAUUUUCAAACUCUCCAGGCAGCGCGUUUUUAAUGGCCAGCAGGAAUUCGAGCCCGAACCCUGUCCCAAAUGGCAGGCUCUCACGGAUCUGCUUACCCAGGAUAUACCCGGUGAUAUGCGACGUUGUCGGCGAACAGAGCAACCAAAAGUGUUGAUCCUCUGCCAGGAUGCUCGCACCUGCCAUCAGUUGAAACAGUAUCUCACGCAAGGUGGGCCACGUUUUCUGCUUCAGCAGGCACUGCAUCAUGAGGUGCCAGUGGGGAAACUAAGCGAUAAGUACGCCAAGGAGAGCCAAACAAAGGGAGCUCCAACAAAGGGCGAGGCUUCCUCCAAAAAAGAGCCUCUUAAGGAGGAACUUUCCAGCUCCCAGCCACCGCCUGCUGGCAUGGAUGAACUGGCUCAGCUUUUAAGCGAAUCGGAGACAGAGGGUCAGCACUUCGAGGAAAGCUACAUGCUCACAAUGACGCAGCCGGUGGACCAGGAGUCAUUGGUUGACAUUAAACCAGACCCGGAUGUGUCCAUUUUCGAAACCAUACCGGAACUGGAGCAAUUUGAUGUCACAGCGGCACUGGCAGCGGUGCCUCACCAGCCAUAUAUAUGCCUGCAGACUUUCAAAACAGAGCGGGAGGGUUCCAUGGCGCUGGAGAGCAUGUUGGAGCAACUGCAGCCGCACUAUGUGGUCAUGUACAAUACGAAUGUCACAGCCAUUCGACAGCUGGAGGUUUUUGAGGCCAGGCGUCGCUUGCCGCCAGCAGAUCGCAUCAGGGUUUAUUUCCUGAUCCAUGCACGCACCGUGGAGGAGCAGGCUUAUUUGACCAGCUUGCGUCGUGAAAAGGCAGCCUUUGAGUUGAUUAUCGACACUAAAAGUAAAAUGGUGAUACCCGAGUACCAGGAUGGCAAAACCGAUGAAGCCUUCUUGCUGUUUAAAAGUUAUGAUGAUGAGCUGACGGGUGAGAAUGCCAAGAGUCGUCAGGCAGGCGGGCAAGCUCCGCAGGCCUCCAAAGAGACGCCCAAGGUUAUUGUGGAUAUGCGUGAGUUCCGGUCGGAUUUGCCCUGCCUGAUUCACAAGCGUGGACUGGAAGUCCUGCCCUUGACCAUUACAAUUGGCGACUAUAUACUCACGCCGGAUAUUUGUGUGGAGAGGAAGUCCAUCUCGGAUUUAAUUGGUUCCCUAAAUUCCGGAAGAUUGUACAACCAAUGUGUGCAGAUGCAGAGGCAUUAUGCAAAGCCCAUCCUGCUGAUCGAAUUCGAUCAGAAUAAACCCUUUCAUCUGCAGGGAAAGUUUAUGCUUUCGCAGCAGACAAGCAUGGCCAAUGCGGAUAUUGUGCAAAAACUUCAACUGCUUACGUUGCAUUUCCCCAAACUCCGCCUCAUUUGGUCACCCAGUCCUUAUGCAACGGCCCAGCUUUUCGAGGAACUGAAGCUGGGCAAACCCGAACCGGAUCCCCAGAAGGCGGUGGCCCUGGGCAGUGACGAGCCAACGGCUGGCGAGCAAUUGCAUUUCAACAGCUCCAUCUACGAUUUCCUGCUACGUCUGCCCGGCGUUCACACGCGGAACAUACACGGCCUGCUCCGGAAGGGUGGCAGCCUGCGGCAAUUGUUGCUGCGCAGUCAGAAGGAGCUGGAGGAGCUGGUGCAGUCGCAGGAGAGUGCCAAGCUGCUGUACGACAUCCUGCAUGUGGCCCACUUGCCCGAGAAGGACGAGGUGGCCGGCUCGACGGCGCUGCUGGCAGCUGGCAAGCAAUUUGGUGCCGGAUCGCACAAUCGCUUCAGGAAGGCGGCAGCCGAGUCGAGGCGGGGUCGUCGCUAGGGUCCUGGAGAAGGGACAGGGGGAAAUAUCAACGAACUGCAGGUGCACGAUUUAAACCCCCCACAUUAUGUACGUGCUUCUUGUAGAUCCAAAGAGCAGAAGUUGGAGGAGCGCAAACUGCAGCAAAAGAAUCGGGAGCCGGACAACCAACCAGUGCGCUCCCUGCCCUGAAGUGCCGAGCAAACAGACAGCGGGAAAUUAUGGAAAUUUUUUAAACGAUGCAAUUAAGUCGACUGGGGAAUGGGAUGCGGAUGCGGAUGCGAAUGCAGAUGAGGAUGGGGAUGAGUUGGCUGUCUGGCCGUCAGACAACGUUGACAAGCGGGCAGGCACUGACCGCUGGGGAUGCGACAACUCGGCGCCAUCGGGGAUGAGCGCUUAAAAAUCAAUUUUCAAUAAAUUUUUAAUUGCCCCCGCACUGGCCGUCUGUGCAUCUGCUGGCCCCAUCCCACAGGAUGUCCCUUCAGCAGGACACCUGCAACAUUAACAGCCAGGCCAUGUGAUACAAGCAGCUAUAAACGGAAUUUUUCAUCCGCAAUGCACCUGCAAGAGAGCCCCAGUGUAAGAUGUAAACUAUAAACGUUUUCAGUAAGGAAAAACCUUUUAUUUUUAUGAAAAAGGAUUCUUUUGAAAAUGAAUGGAUAAUGUAAUUGAAAGAACAUAAAAAUAGGUUAUACAAAUGAAUAUUAAAUAAGGUAUAUCUGUGUGUACUAAUAUACUAAAAAGUUGCCUUAAAUGCAUUACAAGAUGGUAUACAUUUCCUGAUAAGAUCCUAAAGUUGCUUAAAGUAUGUUUUAACUUUUGUUCAACAUUGCAAAUUGUAAUUUUCUUAUGGUCACCAUGUUUUACUCAACUUAAGCUAUACAUUUUGGACCUUCAAAGGCUAAGGGAACGAACUGUAAGCGUUACGCCCAUUGCACAUCCAAAUCCUUCUCAGAUUCAGUGCAUAAAUUCAAAAACCGCAAUUGGUUGCAAACUGAAAUGACGAUAAGCGAGGUAAUUGGCAUUCAGAUUGAAAUGAAGUGGAAUGGGGCGAAUUUGUAGAGGGUUCUGGUGGAGUAGAGCCCUGCAUGGGGUCCAAAUAUGGAUUGCUCAUCAAGUGAAGAGAGCUUUGAAUAGCAAUACUUUUCCAUGUAUGUAGAUGCAUUUUAUAAGCACAACAUUCUACUAUUAGAAUAUGUUGUAGAAGCAAACUGGUUGAAAGAAACAGUUAACUAAUGCAGACUAGACUUUU